AUGAGUGAGUGCAGUGAAAAUUUAAGGGAUCAGCAGGAUAUAUGUCAUGCUAUCGUGGGACUCGCAAAUUUGGAGGAGGAGGAAGAUGAGCUGGUGAAGGUGUUCCAGGGAUUUGUUGAGGAAAUCGUACUGCCACCGCAGUUGUUAAAAAAAAGCGAAAGUCUCCAUGCGUAUGGGCAAUCGUUAUGGGAACUGGACGUGCCUGAAAACACAGAUGCCUUUUUUAAGGAAAGUUUUCGCGUGGAGAGGGAACACUUCAACACAUUGGUGGAACAGCUGCAAGGCCUCAAGAAGAAGGACACCAACUUCAGGGACGCCAUACCCUUGGACAAGCGAAUAGCUAUCGCCUGUACACGUUGGGGUCGUCAGCGGAGUACCGCACUGUGGGAAGACUUUUUGGAGUGUCGUCUUCCAUGGAGAAAGUGGAAGAGUGCGUCAGGGGAUUCGGAGCUCAUGGAUUCCCGCAAUGCUUUGGAGCAAUUGGUAAGUAAAGUUAUGGACGCAGAGUUAAUUGAUAUAAAUCUUAUAACUAUCUUCGAAGAUGGUUGUCAUAUUGAGAUCCGCCCAGCCGCCGCCGAGGCCAUCGACUAUUACAAUUAUAAAGGGUGGUAUUCGACUAUCCUUUUUGCAUUGGUUGAUUACAGAUACAGAUUUCUGUAUGUCAACGUGGGCUGCCCGGGCCGCUGCCACGAUUCCCAAGUUUAUGAGUGUUCAGCGUUGAAAAGUAUUGUGGACAAUACUGAUCUAUUUCGAGCCAACUCCAAACGCAUAAACGAAACAGAUGCGCCUGUGGUUUUGCUGGGCGAUCCGGCAUUUACAUAG